GUGAGAGGCGAUAGUAUUAUCAGUACACACAAGCACACGCUUCCUCUCACAGGACCGUAGGACGUCAUCUUUCAGGUAGAGCUCCACUCGAACACUCGAACACCAUGCACAAGUCGCGAUCGGCCGCAAGGUCUACCUUGUCGCUCUUGCGAGCGCCUCCCUCGACCGUCUCUCGAUCGCCUGUAGCAUCGACAUCCACCAUCACCUCGUCAGCUCGGACGCUGCUUACCAGCGCAUCAUCAUCAUCACUUAACGCUCGAAUCAGUGCUACUAGCUCGAGCCGAUCCGCCUCGAUCGCAGCGGUCCGACGAGGAUUUGCCACGGUGACCGACCACCCGGCCUCGCCGAUCGAGGAGGAGUCUGCCGAGGCUGAAGAAGAGGUCGAGAGGGCGGAGGAUGAUGUGGACGUCUGUAUCGUCGGCGGAGGACCUGCUGGCUUGUGUGCGGCGAUCAGGCUGAAACAGCUCGAAGCUGAGCAAGGGAGGGAGAUUCGGGUCGUCGUUCUCGAAAAGGGAGGCGAGGUCGGCUCUCACAUCCUCUCCGGAGCCGUCAUCGAGCCUCGAGCGCUCAACGAGCUCUUUCCCGAUUUCAUGAAUAUGGACAAUCCGCCACCCAUGGGCCAACCUGCUACAUCCGACUCGAUGCGUUUCCUCACGUCCACCUCUUCCUUCCCUCUCCCUCACCCACCUCAGAUGUCCAACACUGGCAACUACAUCCUCAGCCUUUCCCGGCUGACAGCCUGGUUGGGAGAACGAGCCGAGGAACUCGGCGUAGAGGUGUAUGCAGGGUUCGCAGGGGCCAGCUUGGUCAUCGCAGAGGAUGGCAAGUCGGUCAAAGGUGUUCGGACGGGAGACGUCGGGUUGGACCGACAGGGGAAACGAAAAGAAAGUUUCGAACCUGGCAUGCAGUUCAACGCCAAGUGCACCCUGAUCGCCGAAGGCGCACACGGCUCCCUCUCCCAGAUCGUGCAGAAGCACUUCAACCUAAGGAAAGACUGUGACCCGCAGACCUAUGGACUGGGAAUCAAGGAAGUAUGGAAGGUCGAUGCGGAGAAACACCAGCCGGGAAAGGUCACCCAUACGUUAGGAUGGCCGUUGGAUAUCAAGACGUAUGGAGGUAGUUGGUGUUACCACAUGGAAGGCGGGUUGGUCAGCUUGGGUUUGGUCGUGGGGCUGGAUUAUCAGAACCCGUAUUUGAGCCCUUACAAGGAGUUUCAGCGAAUGAAACACCACCCUCUCUUUGCUGACCUGUUGGAAGGCGGAGAGUGCAUCGCUUAUGGCGCAAGGGUCCUGAAUGAGGGAGGGUUGCAGAGUAUCCCCAAGUUGCAUUUCCCGGGAGGAGCGCUGCUCGGCUGUAGUGCGGGAUUCUUGAACGUGCCCAAGAUCAAGGGGACGCACAAUGCCAUGAAAUCGGGGAUGAUGGCCGCAGAGACGGCGUUCAACGCGCUCCACCCUGACAAGGAGGUCGAAAUUACCAAAAACUCGCUGGACCAGCCUCUCGAAGGCUCUGCUCAAGAAGCGGUGGACAUGUCCCCUUACGAGACCGCCUUCAAGGAAUCCUGGGUGUACAAGGAACUGAACGAGGUCCGGAACUUGCGACCGUCGUUCCAUAAUCCUCUCGGUCUGUGGGGCGGGAUGGCCUAUUCAGGAGUGGACAGCUUGUUCUUGAAGGGUAGAACCCCUUGGACAUUACGAAACUCGUGGGAGGAUCACGCUGCCACGAAAAAGGCCUCAGAGUGUCAACCGAUCGAUUACCCUCAGCCGGAUGGCAAGCUGAGCUUUGACAUUCUGACGAGCGUGAGCUUGACGGGUACGAAUCACGCCGAGGAUCAGCCGGUGCAUCUGAGGUUGCCCAAGGACGAGGGAGCUCGGGCUCGACAUACCGAAACCAACGUUAAUGAAUUCGCCGGUCUCCUCGGCCGAGCCUGUCCUGCUGCCGUGUACGAAUACCAGGACGCCGAGGGCGGGGCCGCCGAUGCCGCUGGCAAGAAGUUCGUGAUCAACUCGCAAAACUGCAUUCACUGCAAGACGUGUUCGAUCAAGACGCCAACGCAGGAUAUCACGUGGUGUGUACCGGAAGGAGGCGGAGGUCCCAAGUACAGUAGGUUUGAAGAGAAAUCAUUAUAUCGACUGUUCCGCAUGCUGAUCAACCGACUCGUCUCGUCAUCUACCCGUAUCUAGACAUCACGUAAGAACUGUAUCCCCGCAUCGAUCUAUUAUGCCAUGUUGCCUUCGGCUAUUCGCUUUGCCCACUCUCCGGAAGUGCACUCCCAACCCCAUUGCCA